AUGGAGAUUGAGGAUGACAGUGGCGUACAAGAUUUGCAACCAAGGACUUCAUUGCCUUCUCGCAGUGGCAAGAGCACUAUGGUUGGUCUUGACAAGGAGUUGAUAGAGAUCUUGACUUGGAUGGAUGGAGAUUCUCUGGCACUUAAAACUCUCUCCAUUGUUGGGAUGGCCGGAAUUGGGAAGACCACUUUUGCAAGAAAAAUCUACGAUCAUCAACGCAUUCAGGAGAUUUGUCAUGUUCGUGCCUGGGUAACAGUAUCUCAGAAUUACGAUGAGCGUAAAAUCAUACUAGAUCUUCUAGAUUCUAUGAAAAAACUCUCGGGGAUUACUACGAGUCAUAUCUAUACCACGAGUCUUCCAGAAAAAAUUGUCAGCUUGCGUAGGACCUGGAUUGUUAAUUCAUCAACAUCUGCCUCCAGCUUCCUGAGCACUUCGUUCGGUUUUAAAUCAUCGGAACUUGAAAUUGCGGGAGUGGGUGGAAUCGUGCCAGUGGUGGCCCGCAUAAAGGGCAUUCGACAACUUGCUAAAACUCGCCGAUUCAAGGCAUGGUUUUUGGAUCCUAGUUGUUUUCUACACAAUGGAGGAAGACCACUCCCGGAUGCCAUGUGGGCAUUAGAGAGGUUGGCAAAUUAUGGUAUUAAGAUGGUGAUUAUUUGUGAUUCUCCAUUGCCGGCAUCAACAAUCAUGGAAGAGUUGAGGAUUCGUGAGUUUGAUACCUCACUCUUUGUGGGAGCCAUCACUAGUGAGGAUUUAAGGAGAGAUGAUACACGGUUGGAAGAAGUAGAACCGUCCUACAAUUACCCGACCUGGGCAGAUGAUGCAGGGUUGGAAGAAGUAGGACCGUCCUACAAUUACACGACCUCGUAUUACCGAUAUAUGUUUAAUGACCAAGGUUCUAUAUCUCCUGAGGUAUGCCAAAUUUAG